AUGGCGAAAAACGCGAGCAAGGCGGGAAGUCCUACCGCCGCCUCCGGCGCGAGGUGUGACGGGAACGACGAAGACGAAGCGAAUGGCGACGGCGCCGAGGAGGAUUGGCCGGAGAACGGCCACGACGACAGCGCUUCGGGCGACGAAUUAGGUCCGGCCGACAUCGAGGAGGACGAAUGGUGGAAUCGGCCGGUCGGGAGCGACGACGAGGUAGAAGAGUGGCGGGCUGGUGAUUCGAACAACGGGGGAGGUGAAAAUGCGGAUGGUGACAACGACGAGGCAGCGGCAGUGGAUGCGAAUGAGGAGGCUGACGACGAUGUGGGGGCGGAACUCGAGAAAGUUGCGCCUGCGGAUGCUGUGGCGGAGUCCGACAAGGUUGCUGCGGAUGCCGUCUUAUUUAACGGUGAAGGCGGCGACGACGACCCAUGGAGCAUUGGGACCGACGAAGACGUUCCGCUACUCAAGCGGAGGCUGCGCCAUCGCCUACUCUCCAAGUCGAAGCAGGCCCGCGUGGUGCUCUUUGACGACGACAGUCCGGGGGAGGAGCGUCGCCCGAUACUCACCGCUGCGGAGAAGGGAAAAGCCAAGGUCGUGGAAGCCCCUGCUAAGGCCCCUACUCGUCGCCGCACAAGCAACAAGAAGCGGACAUCCGACGGAGACCCGAGAUCCAGCAAGGGUGCGGCUAAGAAGAAGGCGAAGAAGGCGCCGAAUCCUGACGACAUCGUCGUGAACGAGACGUUGGCCAGCGACGAUGAGUACGCGGCGGUGGCGGGCCCGAUUCCCACGUUCCCUGAGAAGGUCACGUCGAAGGACCCCACCCUCCAUAAUCCCAAUUCCCGCCCGCCUUCCCCUCGCAACAAAGACACUAUGAGGAAGCGCCGCGCAUGGACCGUGCGCGAGAAGCUUAAGAAUCGUGCUGCCCUGUCCUCUGUCCCACCCGCAGAGAACUUGCGGAGGCCUCCGCACCCCGUGGUGCUGCAGUGGAUCGCGGAGGCUUGGGAUCAAGUCCCCAAGCAGAUCAUCAUCGACGCGUUCCGCCACUGUGGGAUCUCAAGCAAGAUGGACGGAACGGAGAACCACAUGGUAAUGUCUCACCUGCGCGCCAGGAGCACCACCGAUGUCUCGGCGGACAUGUCCCUCGGAGGGACCACAGGCGACAACACGCGCCUGCUCGGUCAGGCUCCAGAGGCGGAGGAGGAGGAGGAGGCGAUGCAGGCGGAGGGCGUGCGGGAGGUGGCCGUGGCAACCGGCCUGGAGGUGCUGUACCAGGAGACCCCCAACUACCGCGGAGCGGCGGCCGAAGCUGACCACAUGAUCGAGCCUAGGGAGACGGCUAGGCAUGCAUGGCGUGUGCCAGACCUGGGUGUACAGCCUGCUGUUAGUGCAGGUGAGGAGGCGGUGACUGAGGGGGUUCAGGUAGAAGUUAAGAUUAUAAGAAAACCCCCUUGUAUGCAUGUACCCCCCUUAAGUAAGGAAGGUUCGUCUAGAAGACACCCCCUUGUUUAUAAGAAAACCCCCAAACCCCGGUUCUGA